UACAGCCACGCCCCCUACACCUUUCCUGAUUGGGCCAGCUCCUACAGGCAGUGCGCCUUCUUCCGGGUGGAGCAAGAUGGCGGCUCCCAAAGGUGCUAACGUGGGCUCCCGCAAUAGCAGCACCGGCUCCAAGAGUAAAGAGAGCGGGGAUGGGGGCUGGUUUGUUACCCUGGCUAUCGCCGUGUCCCUGCUGAAAUGCCUUCUCCUUCCGACCUACCAUUCUACAGAUUUUGAGGUGCACAGAAACUGGUUGGCAAUAACCCACAGCCUGCCUGUAUCUAAGUGGUACUAUGAGGCAACCUCGGAGUGGACAUUGGACUACCCCCCUUUCUUUGCAUGGUUUGAGCAUCUGCUCGCCAAAGUGGCGCAGUACGUUGAUCCGGAGAUGCUGAAGGUGGAGAAUUUAAACUAUGCCAGCCAGGAGACCGUCCUCUUCCAGAGGCUUUCUGUUAUUAUCACAGAUAUCCUCUUCAUCUACGCUGCCAGCCAAUGCUGUAAGUGUGUGAAUGGGCGGAAGGAUCGCAGGGAUCUUAUACAGAAGCCGGCCUUUGUCCUGGCGGUGCUGCUGCUAUGGAACUUCGGCCUGCUGAUUGUGGAUCAUAUUCACUUCCAGUACAAUGGGUUCCUCUCGGGCAUCAUGCUCCUCUCCAUUGCACGCUUGUAUCAGAAGAGAGUUAUGGAAAGCGCCUUCCUUUUUGCCGUCCUUCUCAAUUUCAAGCACAUCUACCUGUACAUUGCUCCGGCCUAUGGGAUGUACAUGCUGCGUUCCUACUGUUUCACAGGGAAUAAUCCAGACGGAUCCGUGCGCUGGAGAAGUUUCAGCUGCCUGCGACUCCUCUCUCUCGGCCUGACGGUCUGCUCGGUGUUUGCACUUUCCUUUGGGCCCUUUGUCUACUUGGGCCAACUCCCUCAGGUGCUGUCUCGGCUUUUCCCUUUCAAACGAGGCCUCUGCCAUGCAUACUGGGCACCCAAUUUCUGGGCACUGUACAACAUGGUGGAUAAAGCUCUGUCCAUUAUAGGUGUGAAGCUGCAGCUGCUGGACCCAGCCACUAUCCGUACUGGGACAAUGACGAGGGGAUUGGUGCAGGAGUUUGAGCACAGUGUUCUUCCCUCAGUUACACCAAUGGCAACGCUAGUCUGUACCCUCGUCUCCAUACUGCCCUCUGUGCUCCGACUAUGGCGCAAGCCUCAAGGACCCACUGGUUUCCUUCGCUGCCUAAUCCUUUGCGCACUGGGAUCCUUCAUGUUCGGUUGGCACGUGCAUGAGAAAGCCAUCCUCCUGGCAAUCCUCCCACUAAGCAUCUUGUCUGUGACCAGUGCAAAGGAUGCUGGGAUAUUUUUGGUCCUGGCCACGACGGGCCACUUCUCGCUUUUCCCUCUGCUCUUCACAGCGCCAGAACUGCCCAUUAAGGUGCUGCUGAUGUUGAUCUUCACUGUAUUUAGUGUCUCGGCCCUGAGAGCCAUGUUUCAGUAAAGAGAGGGCGCUGCUGAGCUGGGUGGAAACCCUAUACCUGUGCGGGUUGGUGCCCCUGGGGGCCUUCUGUGAAGUUGUGUACCCUCUGACCUCCUGGCACCAACAGCUCCCGUUUGUGCCCCUGCUCCUCUCCUCUGGGUACUGCGCCCUGGGGGUUACCUACUCUUGGGCCAGACUUUACAUUUCAGCGCUUUCUGACUUGCCAUCCGCCAAGCAAAAGAAGAACCAAUAAAAAGACUUGAAUUCUCAGAAAGCCGAGCCACUCAGGGUGGGCACUUUGUACCCUUUUAUACACGCAAUAUUGUUACAUUCCAUAUUUUUUUUCCGAAUAAAAUAUUUUUGUUGUAAAAACAA